AUGGCAGCAACAAAUGACGCCUCUGACUCAGAGGAGUUACUAGACACUACAGAAAGCGACAAAGCAGCCACCGAAGCUGUUCAAAGCGAGGAAAACGACGCCUUACUAGACGAGAUUGAACACUCGCUCAACAAAGACGAAAAAACUGAAUAUCCCUUCUCAGCGAACAUUGCCAACAAACAGUGGCAGCUCCAAAAGCUUGGUGAUGAACACAACUUAAAGAGAAACUUGAAAAAUAUCACCACCCUGCAAACUGUGAGAAACUUGCCGUGACCCAAGUCAACCCGGAAAUCUGGGGGAAGCUUGAUCGUUUUGCAAGGGCAAAAGAUCUAAAAUUUUCCCCGCCUUCAGGAACAAGUUACGAAGAUCGGGCAUAUUAUCUUAAAGAGCACGGAACACUUGCUACAAGCAAAAGCUGAUAGCUCAAAACUUUGCCUGGAUGACCUUGUCAGAAUGAAUACCGAUGCAUUAGCAUUGCUCGGUCAUGUUUGUUUUGAAAUCACUCAUUGA